GGAGCCGGGAGUGGGGAGCCGGGUUACACGCUGUACUGCCUGAUGGCUGCCAUGUCGCCGCUGGCCGCCUGCCUGUGGACGUACGCGGUGGGGCUGAAGGUUCUGCUGGAGCAACUGCUGAGGCGCCGCUUCUCACUGCCAGGUUGAUGUUAAAUGGAUGAAAGCUCCAUGUUUAGAAUUGUGUCCAAGCAGCCAUGGAGCACAAGACCCCAGAAGGCUCCACCUCAGACCUAAAGCUAGUUUGCCACCCAAGAGCAAAAAGUAAAGUCUGGAAGUACUUUGGGUUUGACACUGAUGCUGAAGGAUGCAUACUGCAGUGGAAGAAAAUCUAUUGCAGAGUUUGCCGUGCUCAAAUUGCUUAUUCUGGAAACACCUCCAACCUUGCGUACCACCUUGAGAAGAAUCAUCCCAAUGAAUUCCAUCAAGUUGUCAAAAGCAACAGUGAACAGCCUAAAGAGCCCUUUACCUCUAGUUUCUUGAAACAGGAGCUUGAGGGUGCGCAUCUGAGCAUGCAAGAUGCAAUCAUGAAGACUUCUUACAGCCAAGACAGUAAACGACAUCAGGAGUUGACCACCGUGGUCACCAGCUUCAUAUGUGAGGGGCUUUAUCCUGUCUCUGUGGUAGAGGAGCCAACGUUCAAAAAGCUCCUCAAAAUGGCUGACCCAAGGUUUGAGCUCCCUGGCAGGAAGUAUUUCUCGACCAAAGCUAUUCCUGAGCGCUACCAUGUUAUUCGGACUGGCGUGGAGAAAGAGUUGGCUCUGGCAGCGUGGUGCGGUGUCACUGCUGACAUGUGGACAGCACAGGGCCGAAACCGAUGCUACUUGUCUUUAACUGCCCACUUCUUGGGAGGUGCAGACAACAGCUCAAACCCUUUGAAGUUCUCUUCCAGAUGCCUCACCACGUUCGAAGUGGCAGAUGAAUACACAACAGAGAACUUGGCACAUUCCCUUGUUGAGUCCUUCAGAGAAUGGGGAAUCAGCAAGAAUGUGUUGGGGGCCACGACCAGCACUGACUGUGAAAGUGUGGUGAAUGCCUGCUCCCUGCUAAACCUCCCUGUGCACGUGCCGUGUUUUGGCCACGCCAUCAAUCAGGGCAUAAACCAAGCUCUCCAGCUCCCAAAAUUCUGCACCCUUCUUCUGAAAUGUAGUAAGCUGGUCGAGUACUUCAAGAUGACACCAAGAGCAGCCUGUAUACUCAGCGAGAAACAGAAACAGCAGUAUUUAAUGCAGCACCAGCUUGUUAAUGACUGCAGCACUUGGGGAAAUGCCUUAUCGAUGCUGCAGCGCCUGAGGGAGCAACGCACAGCAAUUGCAGCCGUGUUGUUUGAGGACAACAUGAAUUACCACUUAAUGCCAGAAGCAAGUGAGUGGAACACAAUUGAAGGGCUAGUAGAGUUGCUGCAGCCAUUCCAGCAGGCCACCGAGAUGAUGGGCAGAUUGAAGUACCCGAUCAUUAGCAUGGUAAAACCCCUUCUUCAUGUCCUGUUGAACUCAGCCUUGAAGGUCGGAGAUUCAGACUCGCACUUGCUUGGUGCCGUGAAGGAGACGAUUGCCAAAGAGUUGUCUGAAGCGUACCAGUUAUCCCCAGAGCUGGACCUCUUCCUCAAUGCUGCAACGUUCCUUGAUCCAAGGUACAAGAAAGUACCGUUCCUUUCUGUCGCUCAGCAGAAACAAGUUGAGAGUAAGCUCGUAGAGGAAGCCAGCGGUCUCUUGGAAAAAGACAAAGAGAGCCCUGCCGGGGGAGAGGGGAGCUUUGCCUUCGAAGAGCCACCACUGAAAAAGCGCGUCAUGUCAAUGAAGCCCUACAGCACCGGCAGCAUCGACUUCAUGCUGGCGGAAAUCUUUGGGCAGGCGGGCAGCAGGGACGAAGAUCAAGAUGGAUGGCGCUCGCAGGUCAUGGAAGAAGUGCGCAACUACAAAUCCCAGAAGCUCCUGGAAUUGGCCGAAGAUCCGCUGGCUUGGUGGUGUGACCGGGUGGCUUUAUUCCCCACCCUAAUCAAACUAGUGCGGAAGUACUGGUGCAUUCCUGCCACGAGUGUCCCUUCUGAGCGGCUCUUCACUGCGGCGGGUAAUCUGGUGGACACCAAGCGAAACCAAUUGGCACCAGCUGAAGUUGACCGGCUGCUGUUUCUUUACGAGAACACUCGAGUUGAUCGUGAGGUCAUUGCAGACGAUGAAUAGGGCUGAGGUCUGGACUAAUGGCAAGAAGUCAAUUAUGUUCAGUUGUUAAAGAAGUAAACAGAAGUAAUCAAAGUAACGAGUUACUGUUGAUUUAAAUAAAAGAAUUUUAUUUUUUUGGAAUGAAUAUAUAAUGUGAGGUGGUGUAUAUAGAAAAAAUAUAAUGGAUGACCAAGUGUACAGAUUUUAAAAAAUUAUUUUAAAAAUGAAUGCUGAUAGGAUCUAUAUUUGUUUUUGUCAAUCAUCUAAGGCAGUGGUCCCUAAACUCUGGGCCACGGACCGAUACAUUGCCGCGAAGAGUACAGUGGUGCAGCGGUGGCCGGGACGCACC